UGGCCAAGAUAGGUCAGGGUAUAUUCUGGCAAACCAUUUGCCAAUCACGUGUAGCAAUAGGCAAAGCAAACUGUUGUACACGCCGUUUACGAACACAUGCUGGAUAACUCGCAAAGCAAAUCAUCCGUUUCCCUUUUCCAAGCGCUAUUUUGACGAAAUGACUUGGAUAAGGGAUUGGAGAAACAAGAGGCGGGACAACAGUUGAACAAUUUCAAAGUUAAAGUUCUCGUGCUUUACUACAAAUUGAAAAUGUGUCAUGUAAAAAUAUAUACUGAAUAAUACCCCAAAACAAUAUAAGAUUUAUGAUGCACGUUUACAAUAUUUCAGAGUAAAAGGUCUAAUCAAUAGGAUUUCGCUUUUCUCCUAUCCAUAAUGAAUCACAGUUCGCACUUCAGUCCAGUAGGUGGCGGAAAUGCGCUUUUAAGUGAAACAGAGAGUGUUGGGAAUGUGUCGUGUCUUAUUGAAUUAUGGCUGGAUUGUCUCAAUAUCAAGAACUUAUAACACAUAUGUACGAAAAUGGUCAUACCGAUCAAGAAAUAUCACAUCACUUGUCCGAGCUAGGAAUGCAGAGGGGAAAUUCAGAGCGAAGUAUAAGGAAAUUCCGCUCUGAAAGGGGUCUGAAAAGAUCCACUAUCUCCAAUGAGGAACUAGAAUUGGCGGUUUCUCAAGCUAUAGUAGAGACUGGACCAUGCUAUGGACGCAAAAUGAUGACCGGCUACCUUGCAUCACAGGGUGUACAUGCGUCAGAGGUUCGGGUGGGACAGACAUUGGCUCAAAUGCACGAACCAAAUCACAGGGCUCGAUGCCAGGGUGCAAGAAAUCUUAAUCCAGUUCCAUAUGAGGCAGAGUAUGUGGGUCACAAAUUGCAUAUGGACCAGAAUGAGAAACUAUGUAUGUUUGGUGUGACCCAUGUUGUGGCCAUUGAUGGUUACAGUAAAAAAAUUGUCGGACACUCCACCAUGCCGAUAAAGAAUAAUUUAACAAUUUAUGAAGAAGUGUACAGAAAUGCUGUCCUUUCCCACGGAUUGUGGGAUCAGGUCAGAGUGGACCAUGGCACGGAAUUUUAUUUAACCCUAUUCAUGCAGGACAUUGUGGCAGAAUACCGCCAUAACCAGCAAAGGCUGCCUUACCUCCAGACAACAUCAACUAAGAACCAUACAGUUGAGAGAAUAUGGCCAGAAGUAAACAAGCGGGUUAAUUUCCCAAUCAAGAGUGCUCUAAUCCAGAUGGUUGACCAGGAGUCUUUGGAUAUGGAGGAUGGAUUGUCAAGAUACUGUGUGUCCAAUCUUACAUGUGAGAUCAGCAGGGUUGGAGUGCAGCGAUUUGUUUGUGCAUGGAAUAGCCAUAAUAUUCUAGGUAAAGGCAUUCCCAAUCUACUGGCCACAAUUGGAUGCAAAGCAAGGAUCUCAGAGGACCUUCUGCCGAGGGCGUCAGAAGCUGCUGAACUGUACAGACAGACAAUGGGACACAGUUUGACGGCUCCAUCCAUAUUUGGCACUGAUCCAUUCCAGUCUGAAGAGGGCAAAAUUAGAGCAGAGACUGAAUUUAAUUUACUUUAUUCUGACCUGGCAAGUGUAUUUAAUUAUACUGUAAAUGAACACUACAGGCCAUACCAAGAUUGUGUAACUGACCUUAUUAACAUCACCAGAAGAUGUGCAUAGAGCUGUUUGACAUUGCAUUUUCACAGCUGCAUCUUGUCAGACCACUCAGAAUAUUUUGCUUUUUGGCAAACAUUGUACAUGUAUUACAUGUUAUUUAAGAAUGAUAAAUCCCAGUUAUGUUGUUUUGGAGGAAAAAUAAAGUUCUAUGGUUGUAAUAAAACACUUAAAAGGUAUAAUUAUUUUAGUUUUCAGAUGUUUGGGGUUUCAGCAAAACAAAGUGACAACUAA